AUGGACGCCAUCUCACAUCUGGCACGAGUUCGAUACGCGCAGCUGACGCGACGACGCCUUUCUACAGCCGCCUCCUCGGAUGAAGCCUCGUGGACGAACAUCCCCACCAACCUACUACUCGCCGAGAUUCGUCGACGACAAGAUGGAGGUGACCAGACGGAGGAAAAGCCGGCUUGCGGAACCCGCGAUCGCGGGCAGUACAACACGGCCGCUCACGUCUUUGCCCUCUUCCUCAUCCUGUUCUUGAGCACACUAAGCUGCGGUUUACCUCUGCUGUCCCGCCGGACUAUGGGAGGCCAGCGGCAGAGGAUCGUCAUCUUCUACUGCCAGCAUGUCGGCACCGGCGUGCUGCUAGCGACGGCCUUUGUGCACCUGCUCCCCACGGCCUUCGAGUCCCUCACGGAUGCCUGCCUCCCCUCCUUCUUCAACAAGGGAUACAGGCCCCUCCCUGGCUUCAUCGCCAUGGUGUCGGCCAUCGUCGUCGUCGGGGUCGAGUCGUACCUGACGGCUCGUGGUGCCGGGCACUCGCACAGCCACGCCCACGGCAUCUGGGACGAGGACGACAGUGAUAAGAGCACGACGCAGAUCCCCCUCCAGGAGACGACGGGAUUCUCGCGACGACGUAGGACUGAAGAGCACCGCCCGACCCACCUCUCCCUCCAAGACGCCGAGGCAACCGAGGGUCUGGUGGCCGGCGUGUCGCCGCUCCCUGAAUCUACCCCCACAACGGGGAGGAAGGCCGCCAAGGAGGCAGAGGAGAAUGACGAUUCGGAAGACGAUGACUCGGAUCUCGACUUUGACACGUCUGAGCUGCACCGACCGGUGGCGGGAGAGGACGGGGAUGACAGGCCGUUGAGCGCCGGCGCGGUACCCGGCACGCCCGGCACGCCCGGCACGCCCGGCAUCGUGACCCCGGAGGAGCACAAAAAGCAGGUGCUGCAGUGUAUCCUGCUCGAGGCGGGCAUCCUCUUCCACAGCAUAUUUAUUGGAAUGGCAGUGUCGGUGGCCACCGGCCCGGCCUUUGUCGUCUUCCUCGUCGCCAUCAGCUUCCACCAAUCCUUCGAGGGGCUGGCGCUGGGAAGCCGCAUCGCCGCCAUCCAGUUCCCCAAGUCAUCGCUGCGCCCGUGGCUCAUGGUGCUCGCCUACGGCACCACCACGCCCAUCGGCCAGGCCAUCGGACUCAUCGUCCACGGGCUGUAUGACCCCCAGAGCAUGGGCGGGCUCCUGGUGGUCGGCUUCAUGAACGCCGUGUCGUCUGGCCUGCUACUCUACGCCGGACUCGUCCAGCUGCUUGCCCAGGACUUUCUCUCGGACAGCAGCUACAAGACGCUCAAGGGUCGGAAGAGGUCACGGGCCUUUGUGGCCGUGGCCGGCGGCGCCUUUCUCAUGGCCCUCGUGGGUGCAUUUGCCUGA